GCUCAGGCAUGACAUGCUUUCAGUGAAUCUAUGAUGGCUGUUCCUGAUGACCUUGCUGUUCUCUAAGUGCUUCGCAGUAGAUUCCUUGAGGAACCUGCUCUAUGGUCUUUCCAGUCCACUCCUUGCUGUGUCCUUUGCUGCCUCCUGUGCAAUUCCAGGAAUCGCCCUGUUGACACUGGGAGUAAAUUCUCUCACUGGGGCACUAGGAGCCUUCAACAUUUUCCUCUACACAUGUUGUUAUACACCAAUGAAAAGAAUGAGCAUUGCCAACACAUGGGUGGGGGCUGUUGUUGGUGCCAUUCCUCCCAUCAUGGGCUGGACUGCAGCUACUGGCAGUCUUGAUCCUGGUGCAUUACUGCUGGGAGGAAUUCUCUACUCCUGGCAGUUCCCUCAUUUCAAUGCCCUGAGCUGGAACCUCCGGGAGGAUUAUUCCCGAGGAGGAUACUGUAUGAUGUCCGUCACCCACCCGGCAAUGUGCAAGCGGGUAGCUCUGCGUCAUUGUUUGGCCUUAAUUGGACUCUCAACAAUGGCCCCUGUCCUCGACGUCACCACGUGGACUUUCCCUGUCAUUUCACUCCCUAUCAAUCUGUAUAUUUCCUACCUCGGCUUUCGGUUCUACAGGGAUGCGGACCGCAGCAGCUCCAGAAGUCUUUUUUUCUGCAGUCUGUGGCACUUACCAAUGCUUCUGCUUCUCAUGCUCACGUGUAAGAAAUCUCUGAUAGAGAAUGACGACAAAGGGAAGCUUCAAAGCUGAAAUCCUGGCAAGAUCAUGAAAUCAGAUUGCCUUAAUGUCAGUUAGGUGUUGUCAUCCCUGUUUCACUGUCAAACAGAGAGUAUGUCAGUAACUAUAUGCAGGGAAAAUUAGGGUGAUCUUUUUGAAGAUGAUCUUUUGUGCCCAGUGACCACUUUAUAUAAAUCGUUUUCUAAGUUCUUUUUAAAGGGAAGGGACGUUGUUAAUGGCAGAGCUUGGUGAAUGGAAUUCAGGUCCCUUUACUGCACUUUUUAGGUCAUGAGUUAAAAUCCAGUCUAGGUCAGAGACUCAUAAUUUUUUAUGGCUUCCUACUGGUCCAUGUGAAAUGAAUUUGGUGAGUCUUGGACUCAUGUUUAGUAAAAACAGAUCCGUGUUAGAAAACAUCUGCAUCUCCCUUACUUGACCAGCAUCUUUGGCAAUCUUAGAGAAGACGCCAAGAUGACGUGGCAUUAAUGUUGUUCUUUCCUCUCAUUUCCCAAUGAAGUGGGCAUCCAUUCUUGAAACUAGAGGCCUGUUGUUGGUGUUCCCAAACACCAGAGGGCAAAGGGAAGUUCACGUUGCCACAGUCUAUUCCGUCCCUGUUCUGUUACUAAACAGAAGGCUUCAGUAUCUGGGACUGUGAGCCUGGCACCUUUCACAAGGCUUAAAUUCACUUUAAGUUUUCAGAGCUUCCAGAUUCUUUUCUAUUGUUUUUUUCAAUAUUUCGAAAGGCAUCCUACUACACACUGCACAUUAGCAUUUAAACAGCCUUCAGCUGAGCAAAGUUAUUUCCUAAUAUAUUGCUUUCAUAUUCUUGUAGCCCAAUUGUUAUUAUAUUGUCAUCACAAAGGAAUUUCUGACUCUCCCAAGUUUUUAUGAGACAUCUUAAAAAUGAACACUUGGGGCAAGAUUUUCAACUGGUACAAAUUGACACAACCAUGUUGACUUUAGUAGAACUCUGCUGAUUUACAUCAGCUGGGGAUCAGGUCUUUAGAGUCCAAGUGUAAGUGUUUUAUAUGCUAAUGUGUAUUGUGCCAACCUGCUGAGUCUAAGACCGUCUGCUCAUGAGGUGUUUCCUAUAAAUAGUUGAAUUGUAGGCUUACUUUAAGAAAUAUAACAGCUGUAUUGGGUACCAUGGUACAGUUGUGGUUCAAAAACAAGGUUGCUGUGGGGUAUAUUCUUAGUGAGGAUCACAUUUCAUUACCCUUGAGGAAAAGCCAGUUUUGUUCCAGCUGUUUUGAGCUUAGAAACUAGAAGUUCAAAUUGUUGAUGCAACCAGCAAAGCUGCUGUGCAACAAUAAAGCUUGUCCUCACUAGGAAAAUGCAUCAUACUUGUCAGCUGGCAUGGUUAAAACAUUCCCUAUAGACAAGGACUGAUAAUUCUGUGAUCACAUUUGCAGUUUGCAGCUAAAUCAGGGAUGUGAGACAAAUGUAAAUGUGACCAGCUAAAAUAAUUGUAAACAAAACAACACUGUUUAGACAAGGAUUGGGUUCAUCUUAUGGUGCUUGAUGUGUUAAAACUUGAUGCAUUUUCACAUGAAGAUUUUUCCAGUGUGGAUAGGAACCAGUCUAAGGCGGGACUAUGUAUUGAGUUCUGCUCCCAUUCUCAUCCCAUGGAAAACCUGCCCACUCUUGCAUUUGAUUCUGGCUCCCAUCCACAACUUAAAUCCUGCAUCAGGAAUAGAUUUUUGUGUGAUCGUUAUAAAUAAGUAAAUGAAGUGUGAUCCCACAAGCAAAAGAUUUAUUUCUUUUCUGUCCAGUGUUGCCUCAACACAAUUUAUUUUUUCUUCUCAUUAGCUUGUUGGCAGGUCUGAGCAGUAUUCCACUCCUAUUGCAGGAUUCUGCAGUGUAGCACUGUUAUGCACCAGAUCCAAGGGCUUCUGAGUUGUUGAUCUAGCCUUAUCUCAGAUUAAGCCUUUCAAGAAAUGUCAUUGAUCUGCCACUGCGUCCUCAUCAUCCCAGUAUAAAAAUUUCACAGGAUAUUUCAGUAAUACAGGCCAAGGUUCUAGUGAUAUUUCAAGAUUUCUAGGAUAUUUCAGUGAUACAGGCCAAGAUUCUGAAUUGCACUGCUGUAAAUCAGGAAUGACUCCACUGACCACUGUCUCUGCUGGAAGGGGUGCUCUUCAAGAACCAAACCAGGAGCUUUACUUGACAUUUACACAAUCAGUUGUGAGAUUCGUACUUUUCACAAGUGAUUUCAGAUUGCAAAACCAAUCCUUAUUACCGUUUAUCUGAAGUAAACUGUCUUCAUAGUAUUCAAGUCAUUUACUGUGGAGACCACGUCAUAGGACUAUGAGGAAAUGACCUGCCGUCUGAUGGAGCCUCCAAAUUUUUUAAAAUGCAUUGAGUUUGUUGUUCUGCAAUAAAACAUGCACUGUACAA